ACAGCAUAGCUGGGUCCUCUGCUCGGAGUCUCGCAGCCUGAGCCUGGCACUCCGCCUGCGUCUUGGGGACCCCUUCCAUGCUCAUGGGGACGGUGGAGGAGCUCGCAGCGGCCUCGUUCUUCAAGGACACCCAGAGAUCCUCUCUUGCAGGCAUGCCCUGGACGCUGAGUGCCUCCGACAUGGUCACCCCGGGCAGCCCCGGCCCGCCCCCCACGGAGCCCACGGACAGCCGGCCGGCCGAGCAGCCCCUUCUGGGUGGCGCUCCGUCCUCAGCCUCCCUGGACACCCUGAUCCAGCACCUGGUGCCCACAGCCGACUACUACCCCGAGAAAGCCUACAUCUUCACCUUUCUGCUGAGCUCCCGCCUCUUCAUCGAGCCCCGGGAGCUCCUGGCCCGGGUCUGCCGCCUGUGCAUCGAGCAGCAGCAGCUGGACAAGCCGGUGCUGGACAAGGCCCGGGUCCGGAAAUUUGGCCCCAAACUGCUCCAGUUGUUGGCCGAGUGGACGGAGACCUUCCCACGCGACUUCCAGGAGGAGUCGGCCAUCGGGCCCGUGAAGGACGUGGUGGGCCGCAUCGCCCCGUGUGACGAGGCCUACAGAAGGAGGCUGCACCAGCUCUUGCAGGCUCUGCACCAGAAGCUGGCGGCCCUGGGCCAGGCGCCGGACAGCCUACUGGGCGCCGACAAGCCCGUCUCCUACAGGACCAAGCCACCGGCCUCCAUCCACAAGGAGCUCCUCAGCGUCUGCAGCGACCCCUACGUGUUGGCCCAACAGCUGACCCACGUGGAGCUGGCGCGGCUGCGACACAUCGGGCCUGAGGAGUUUGUCCAGGCUUUCGUGAACAAGGACCCUCUGGCCAGCACAAAGCCCUGUUUCAGUGACAAGACCAAGAACCUGGAGGCCUACGUGAAGUGGUUCAACAGGCUGUGCUACCUCGUGGCCACCGAGAUCUGCAUGCCAUCCAAGAAGAAGCGGAGAGCCCAGGUGAUCGAGUUCCUCAUCGACGUGGCCCGCGAGUGCUUCAACAUCGGCAACUUCAACUCCCUCAUGGCCAUCGUCUCCGGCAUGAGCAUGAGCCCGGUCUCCAGGCUGAAGAAGACCUGGGCCAAGGUGAAGACAGCCAAGUUUUUCAUCCUGGAGCACCAGAUGGAUCCGACAGGAAAUUUCUGCAACUACAGGACAGCCCUGCGCGGGGCCGCCCACCGCUCCCUGACCGCUCACAGCAGCCGGGAGAAGAUCGUCAUCCCCUUCUUCAGCCUGCUCAUCAAAGACAUCUACUUCCUGAACGAGGGCUGUGCCAACCGCCUCCCCAACGGGCACAUCAACUUCGAGAAAUUUCUGGAGCUGGCCAAGCAGGUCGGAGAGUUCAUCACAUGGAAACAGGUGGAGUGUCCCUUCGAGCAGGACCCCGGCAUCACUCACUACCUGUGCACUGCCCCCGUCUUCAGCGAGGACGGUCUUUAUUUGGCUUCUUAUGAAAGUGAGAGUCCAGAGAAUCACACGGAAAAAGAGAGGUGGAAAUCUCUCAGGUCUUCUAUUUUGGGGAAGACGUGAGGAUCAGGGAGCUGGAGGAGGAGGAGGAGGAGGAGGAGGAGGAGAGGAAGCCCGCAGAAGCCCUCUGCAGCCCUGACUCGGCUGGCCCAGAGGUCAGGGGAGGCCUGGGUGCCUCACUACUUUGCCACUGGUGACCCCGUGGCCUCGUGCCUGCCGCACAGACCACAUGGCUCAGGAGACUUUUCUUCUCCUUUGGUGGGACCUCAACCCUGGCAGGGCCCAGGGCCUCCAAACUCAUGGGCGGCACGUGCCUCGGGGGCCCUGCCUUGAGGACGGUGGUGGCUGCGUGGCUGGGCAGCCUGUCCAGCCUCUGCGAGGACCCGCUCUCACUGGCAGACUCCGGCCGCGGAGGCCGGCACCCCGUCUGCCGCCAGGGCGCCUGAGAGCCUUCGCAUCUCCAACAGGCGCUGCCGCGCUGUGAGCAGGGCUGGAGCCCACCAAGUGCCCCCCACACUCUGCAGAGGGCCCCUCGGGAUGGGCUGGUUUCUGCAGCCCUGGGCACCCCCUUUCUGGAUCUUUCUGGUAUCAGGGGAUGGCUUUCUGGUGACAGCUGGGACGCCGGUCAGCAGGACAAAUUCGGGUCACGGAGGUGAUAACAUGUACAGUACCUUGUAAACA